GUGGCGUCCGAGACGGCCAAAAGGAUUAUAAGAGAGCAGCGCGUCGAGUAUAAAGCUCGCGUUCAGCUCUCUAGUUUCCUCUCUUCUCGAUUAUUAUUAUUACAGCAGCAGAGCAAUAAACACCUCUCCGGGACAAUUAACAAAAACGCAACAAGCCUUGUAAGGCCACUACUCACGCACAUCACCGAACAUGCCAAUCACCGUCAAGGCCUGCCUUCAUUGCCAGGGCCAGGUCAAGGACGCGUUCAAGAGCAGUCGAAUCCCCUAUUACGAAAACGAGAAUGGCGACACGCUAACGGUCUAUUGCUCGAGCCCGAGCGACUGGCCCAAGACGUCCCUUAUGGCUACCUGCUGGCGAGCGAUUAGGUUUGACUAUCACGAUGCCGUACAUAAUGGGGACACCCUGAGUUGCGAGCGCAGAUCUAAGGGGAAAAGCUCUGGGAAUGGAACUCCCCUGCGCAAAUGAGUGAUUGGGAACCGUGUAUAGAGAGACGAUAAGGCUAUUACGA